CGACGUCGCCAUUGACAUCGAGCGUGCAGACACACCACCACCUCAACACCACUCACAAUGUCCGUCCCACCCGCCCAGGCAUUCACCGCGGCCCACCGCCUCUACGUCAAGUCGCUGUACCGUCGCUACCUCGUCAACUCCCUCAACUGGUACAUCAGGCGAGACCUCUGGCGCCAGAAGGCCAUCGAGAUCCGCGCCGAGUUUGAGCGCAACAGGAACAUCACCGACCCCCGUGCCCUCGCCAUUGUCCUCGAGCAGGCUGAGGCCAAGCUCGCCAAGGAGGCCCACCCGGACCCCUACAGGCCACCUCUCUUCCCCGACGGCACAAAGUGGGAGCGCAACAUUCCUCCCCGGAUGUUCAACGGCGAGGAGGCACACCACUAGAAAAGGAGCAUGUUCUGUAUCAUUCAAUGGGAAUGCAUGGCGUAGCAAUGGA